AAACAAACUGUCAAACGAAAACGUAGCUGAAGUUCGUCACAUAUAAUUCGGAUUUUUCUGGAAUCGAAAAAUACUUUGCUAAUAGAGAGUUUUGAAACAAAUCUAUAUAAACAAUUUGUUAUUUCCUAUUAAAAGUAACGUUCGGAAAGAAUAAAUUCAAGUAGAUAUUUCGGCACAUAUCUCAAUUUAAAGAAGCUUUAAGUUUGAGGAAAACAAUCGAUUUUGCUUAACGUUGUAAUAGAAACAAAAGAAGAUGUCUGAUUGGGACACAGUUACUGUUCUGCGCAAGAAGGCGCCCAAAGGCAGUGCGGCUAAAUCGGAAACAGUGGUUAAUCAUGCCAGACGACAAGGAGUACCCGUGGAAACAACACAAAAAUAUGGUGCGGGCACCAACAAGCAACAUAUAACCACAAAAAACACUGCCAAACUGGAUCGAGAGACUGAGGAGUUAAAACAUGACAAAAUUCCAUUAGACGUUGGCAAAUUAAUAAUGCAGGGUCGUCAGUCGAAAGGUCUUAGUCAGAAGGAUUUGGCAACUAAAAUUUGUGAAAAACAACAGGUCGUCACGGAUUACGAAGCGGGCCGCGGCAUUCCUAAUAACUUAAUUUUGGGCAAGAUUGAACGUGUGAUUGGCAUAAAAUUACGUGGAAAAGAUCGCGGCCAACCGCUGCAGCCUCCCGGUAAGAAAUGAGUUGACAAUGCGGCUGCAAGUGGCAACGCUAGUAGUAACAAACCAAAAAACAACAUCCAUUAAACGCAUAUCGCAACAGCAACCAUUGUAAACGCUAAUGUAAAUGCAAAUAUGAAUGCCACUAACGUUCCGACACCAGCGGCAAACGCAAGUAAAAUUAUCGGGAGGCUGAGAAGUUUUUUCUUCCUAACGGAAGCAACACUCGUGUCAAGGAGCAGUUUUUCAAUCUCAUAUAAUCAUACACAUACAUAAAAACACAUGUUUAUUUUUCAUUUAAUUUUUUAUUUUCAAAAUCGAAUCUAAUAUAUUCUGCUUUCAGCAGCAUCAUCAUGAGCAGCCCUUUAACACCAAUACAAACCAGAGUAGAGCAGAAUAAAUAACAAAAUGGAAACUGUAAACAUAAAAUGUUCAUACAAUUUAUAUGCAACUACACAUAAAUUUUGAGCUAACUCCACUACAUAUUAAAAAGCCCAAAUUUUUAGCAAAAUACUAAGAUUAUGAAAUGAUAAUGAAUAUUUAUAAAAACAAAAAAAAAACAAUAUAAAGAUUUUUACAUAAAACUUCAAUCAUGCUCAAAACUUAAAUGUAGUUUAUAAACUAUGCUGGAUAUUACAACUCAUCUUUAUACAUACAUACAUCCGUCGUUAAUUAUAAUAUUUCUUACUAUUACGAAGUAAUGAAAUUUAAAGCUGACCUUGAAUGAUGUUAUCAAAUAUUUUUAUUAAUAAAACGUUAUUUAAGGUCUUGAAGUGAUUUCUACGAAAUUCGGAAAAUAUGGACGUGUUAAGAUUUGUAUCCAAUAUACAUAAAUAGUUUUUGUUUUUUAGAUGUUUGCUUCAUAUAAAUAUACAUACGUGUACACAAAGUGCAACCGACACAAUUUUGAAAUUUCCUUUCGGUUUAGGUGUCCACAUAAUAUGCUACCAUACUUUUAUACACUCUUAGGUACUCACUGCCGCCACAAGCCGUUUAUUAUUUGAUUGCCAGAAACUGGAUUGUGGAGAAUUAACAUAGAGUAAUUAUACUCAAUGAAGAAGAUGAUUAUACUCAAUGCCAAAAUCCAACAUUCCCAAAUUGGCGAACACAAUUCUGAUAUACUCCACUGGACUGACAAGUUUACUAUUGCAGUUACGGUACACGUAGUUAUAUCUCGCGUGCAGAAUACUAGCAACUAAUCUCACUUAGCUUAGCAUUUUCUAAAAUUCUACUGUAAUACUAUGAAGUGAUGUGCUUUUACAUAUCGUCGGUUCUAACGGUUACGUUCUUCUAAAUUAUAAUUUUUUACAUCUACUCCACUGCACUAAGGAUAUGUGGCUCCUAAUAAUAGAAUCUCAAGAUUUUCGCCCACUUAACAUUUCAACAAAUCCGUAACAUGUAAUAAUCGGUGCACUACACAGAUAUAGAUGACAACAAUAACCAAAAAUAUUAAACUUAAUUCUUCCUUAUGUAUCCAAACUAUGGUCAAUAUAAAAAUCAAUUGAUUAAAUAUAUUGUAUAUGAAUGUAGUAGUUUGUAUACCCAUAAUAAUAUACAUACGCAAUGAGCAAUAAUUACAUAAUAGAUGUUUUAUGGUUUAAAUCAAAGAAAUAAAGUAAAAUUGAAUGAGAAA